AUGAAAAACACGUUGUACGAACGCCUCUGGCGGAGGGAAUCCGCAGAAACAUCGCCCUACUCCAGCAUCCGUGGUUUCUAUGGGUCGCACGAAUGGAUGGACGACUUGGACAUUGUGAAUGAGUUGGGGGGCCAUACGGGCUGUGUCAAUGCGCUAUGUUGGUCACGAUCUGGCCGGCUCUUAGCAUCUGGCUCUGAUGACCUCCAUCUAAACAUCUAUUCAUACCAGCCGGAAUCUUUGACCGCCCCUUUCUCGUUGAAUACAACCGUCUUCACCGGUCAUAGGGCUAAUAUUUUCUCCGUCAAAUUCAUGCCUCAUUCGAAUGACCGAACAUUGGUAACCUGCGCAGGCGAUCAUCAGGUCCGCGUCUUCGACAUUGAGCACUCUAGCAACAAGAAUGUUGCCGCCACAAAUGCGUUCUCUUCUUCCGCCCGAAGUCAACGGUUCAACAACUUCUUCACCAAUACGCGGUACUUGAGCGAGGCAAACACAAACACCCGGGUUUACCGUAGCCAUGCCGACCGUGUCAAGCGCAUUGUCACUGAAUCGUCACCAUAUUUAUUCCUCACAUGUUCGGAAGAUGGCGAGGUUCGCCAGUGGGACUUGCGCCAGCCUUCAUCCGCAUACCCUAAGCCACGAGGCGGACAGGGCCCUAUGGCCUAUCGACCGGGAGUGGUACACGAUGACUCCAACACACCUCCGCCACUGAUUUCAUACAAACGGCACCACAUCGAUCUUAACACCAUAUCAUGCUCCCCAACUCAGCCACACUAUAUCGCGUUGGGUGGAGCUCAUCUCCAUUGCUUUCUUCAUGAUCGACGCAUGCUAGGCCGUGACCUCCUUGCGGAAACCGGACAUCCUGGCGCCUCACCGAGGAUUGACAGCAAGCGUGAUGACGAGUCGAUGGGACAGGCGACAAGAUGUGUACGGAGGUUUGCACCGAAUGGCAAGCGUCGGAUGAGCCCCCGUGGGACUGGUGACAUCACUGCUUGUAAAAUCAGCGACGCCAACCCGAACGAGAUGGUCGUGAGCUGGUCUGGAGAUUAUAUAUACAGUUUUGAUCUGAUUCGGAGCCCGGAUGCAAGUGAAGCAGAUCCAACGCGCCAAAAGUCUAUCUACGAAACGCCCAGCCCCCGUAGACGACAGAAUUCAAAGAACAGAAAGCGUAAGCGUCAAAAUGGAUCGUCGAUGGCAUCACGUUCCGGCGGCAGAUGGUUUCGGUCUCGUCGUCGAUUCGAGGAAGAGGAUGAUGGCGGUGAAUUGGCCUUCCGGGUGCGCUACGGGAAUGGAGAACUUGAGGAUAUCCCGCUGCAGAAUUUAUCAGAAACCCUGUCGGGCGCGCCAACGGAUCUAGUGGAACAAGCGAGGUACUCUGUGUUGAACGAGGCACAAAAGCUUAGUAUGCGGAUUGCCAAAAGUCUGGUGAAGCUUCGCAAGGCCCUCUUUUCUCCAGGCCCGCUUUCCGAAGACAGCGUGCCUUUGGCCACACCGGACUUGACACCGUAUGCUGAAUCUUUCUCAAAUGCUCUGACGGAGGCGUCAGCGUACUUACCUCAAAUGGAUGAGGUCAUUCGAACCUGGAGGUAUCCUCUCAACCCCACUCCGGACGUCGUGGGCUUCCAGCAAUCUCUCCGCCGGAAUCGUGAGUCGAGCUGGAGAUUUGUCCAAGCCGCUGGAACAUUGGCACGAGUCCUGGGAGGUGAAGUUGGGGAUGAUCUCGAAGAACAGGCACCCGAUGUAGCCAGAUUCCAACAAAUCACGCCAGCACCAGGGGAGAAUAAUGCCCUCGAACGUACGUCGCAGUUCUGCUAUGACUUUAUGAAGGCAGUCUUGCUGUGGGUUGAAGGGGGUCGUGAAGCCUUGCUUGCAGGUUUCAAGCGUGACUCCGCCCAUCGACGCAACAAUGCCCGAUAUCCGAUCUCAGAAUCAGCGGACGAUAGUGCCAUCGAAACGGUAUUGCUCCCGUACCUCCAAGGGCUUGCGGGCGAAACGCCCGUGGUGAAUAUCGAUGCCUCUAGGUUUGAACAUGAUAGGAGCCGUUUCAUAAGUCCGUCACAGCAUCAAAUAGUGGAGGCGUUUGGAAAGGCUCUCACGCGGCCACUUACAGACUUGGAAGAUGAUGCUGCCCCCAGUGAUGAAGACGAUGAGUCUCAGGAACCCCGGGGCACAAGUCGACCAGCGGCUAAGAGCUUCUGGGCUUUCAAGGUAUGCCGAGGGAUCCUAAUGGAGGCUGGUGAUGGUGUGAACUACGAGUUCGUUAAUCGAGCCUUUGGUGGGGUGCGCACAACGAUAGAGGAUGAAUCGGAUAAUAGUGCAGAACCCGAGAGAUCCCAGGAAGAUAUUGACCCCAACACUGAAGAGGAAACAAUCCGAAGCGUUCGCUUAACACUCAACGGUGAGCCGUUAUUGGCUGAAAGAACACUCGGCUCCUCUGAAGCCGAAGCAAUGAGCACUCGAGAAACUUCCGUCGAUGGUGAUGCGGAAGAAAUUGAUAGGAGCUUCUUCGAACGGCAAACCCAGGAUAGCGAAGGUGAGGAAGUCGCUUCCAGCAACGUCGGUGACGAGGAUGAUAAUGACGAGGGGGAAGACGAGGAUGAGGACGAUUUUGACGCCACGCUAGUCAGUUCUUCUGAUGACGAAGCCGUGGAAGCGGAAGAGCGUAUGCUGCGAGAGUACGGCAUUCGGCGGACAAGGAGAGAGGUUGUUGGCCUUCAUAUCCCUUGUUCUUCGCACACGAGGGUGUAUAGGGGGCAUUGCAACGUCAAGACCGUCAAAGAUGUGAACUACUUCGGGCUCAACGACGAAUACGUUGUAAGCGGCAGUGAUUCCGCUCAUUUAUUUAUCUGGGAGCGGAAAACGGCCAAAUUGGUCAAUAUUCUCGAAGCUGACAGCGAGGUUGUAAAUGUUGUGCAGGGGCACCCGUACGAGCCGACGAUUGCAGCGUCCGGAAUUGAUAAUACUAUCAAGAUUUUCUCCCCCGACCGGCGUGCCCAGGAGGACGCUCGGCGUGGAAUCAAUAUUUUGGACCCGGAUAAUGCCGCCAAUACGUUGGGCCCUAGUACUUCUAGGAUCGGUGGCCUCCGGAGCCGCAGGCGUAUGCACGACGCCUAUCGGAUUAUGAGCCAGAAUGAUGUGGACCGGCAAGCCUAG